AUUGGCGCACACAUACAUUGGGCGAGAGCUAGCCAAGCAUAGUUUGUACGUAGUUCUUAAUUAAUCACAUCACAUAGGGAUUCAUUAAUAUCAAUGAGUGUAUGAUCACAUAUACACAUGACGAAUAUCGUACCUAUAGUAAGCAAAUUGUAUUGCUAUUCUUCUGAGACAGUGCUUGUGGUUAGGAGGAGGCCAAAUGUGGUGAAUGGAGGAGGGUUUGUGGUGAGUGAGUGUGGUUCUCAGAGUCACAGGGUUGUCUUCAAGGUUGAUGGUUGUGGUGUUCUUGGCACAAAAGGUGAACUCUUUCUAAGAGAUGCCAAUGGUGAUGCUUUGCUUCUCAUGCGUAGAAAGGGAGGGAUGGUUGAGGCACUAAGCAUUUACAACAAAUGGAAAGGAUACAGCCUAGAAUAUGAGGGAUUACAGGACCUGGUUUUCAGCUUAAAAGAACCAAAUUCUUGUUUGGUUAAGAAGAAUGGAAUUAAAAUCUCCACGGAACCCAGGGUUGAUAGCAAAAAAGGCAGAGACUUUGAGAUCAGGGGCCAUUUCCCUGACAAGAAUUGUAGCAUUGUUGACACCAGGGGCAACGUAGUUGCACAGGUUGGGGUGAAUAAGGAAGUGGAGAAAUUGAUGGCAAGUAAGGACUUGUAUCAUGUGGUGGUGCAACCUGGGAUUGAUCAAGCUUUUGUUUUCGGUGUCAUUGCCAUCCUUGACUACAUUUAUGGCGAAUCUACUCGCUGUUAGCAAUGUAUUUGAAAGUUUUUUUUCUUUUUUUUAUUUUAUCAGUCAAUUUAAAAAUAUGAUAUAUUUUAAUAUUAUUAAUUUAAUCAAAAUAUAGUAGAUUUUUAAAGUGACAGAUAAAAGAAAUAGAUCCAGAUUAGCCUGCGCUAAAUGGGCAUGAAGAGGUUUGAAGGAAGGAGAUUAAUAGUAGACUAGUCUAACUAACUUGAUUUGUU